AUGGCGUCUCCAGCGUAUUCCACAAUCAAGCUUUUCUCUGGGUCCUCACACCCGGAAUUGGCGGCCCUCAUCGCUAAGCGUCUGAGAAUACCCCUUGCGCGAGCCAACAUCGUCCAACCUCCUUCUGGAGAGACCAAGGUCACCAUCGUCGAGAGUGUACGAGAUUGCGAUGUCUACAUUGUCAACACUGGUGCGGGCUCUAUCGCUUCCGCACGAAGAAUCACCGCUAUCAUCCCCCACUUCCCCUACGCUCGACAAGAUAAGAAGGACAAGUCUCGAGCGCCCAUCACAGCCAAGCUCGUCGCCAACAUGCUGAGAGAAGCGGGUUGCGACCACGUUAUCACUAUGGACUUGCACGCUUCGCAAAUUCAGGGCUUUUUCGAUGUCCCCGUUGACAACCUCUAUGCCGAGCCUUCCAUGGUUCAAUAUAUACGGAACAACAUCGAGGUCCGAGACUGUGUUAUCGUUUCUCCCGAUGCUGGUGGUGCUAAGCGAGCCACCUCCAUUGCCGACCGCCUCAAUGUCGACUUUGCCCUCUUCCACAAGGAACGCAAGAAGGCCAACGAAGUCUCCCGCAUGGUCCUCGUCGGAAGCGUCACGGGCAAGAUUGCCAUCCUCGUUGACGACAUGGCCGACACUUGUGGUACCCUCGGUCUUGCCGCCAAGAACCUUUUGGAAGCUGGUGCUACCAAGGUGUACGCUUUUGCUACCCACGGUAUCCUGAGUGGGCCUGCGUUGAAGGUGAUUGCGGAGAGUGGGAUGGAAAAGCUGGUCAUUACCAACACAAUUCCUCAAUCGGAGAACUGCGAGCAGUGCGAAAAGAUUGAGGUCGUUGAUGUCAGUAGGGUGUUGGCUGAAGUCAUCAGGAGGAGUCACUUUGGAGAGUCGGUGUCCUACCUCUUCCACGAGGUCCCCUACUCCAACGGUGUUGGUGCUUGA